AUGGGCAGUUUUUCGUCUCGGAGAAGGUCCGCCAGCUUUUCUGGAGGAGCAAUACAACAGCGCAAGAAGAUAAUUACCCGAUGCAGAAGCUACUCCAUGUCUUCUCUAGGAGAUGGGCGUAUUCCUCAGCAGCUUCUACGAACCCAACUCGGCUUGGCAACAGAUAUUGAUGAACUAAUUGCCUAUAGAAUCCUUUCAUAUGGAGAGGAUGACGGGGUCGGAACCGCCAUGCGCGACUGGCUCAAUCACCCAAUGCUAACAAGUGACGAUCAGCUAGCAAAGAUCAUCAAAAUCGAGCAAUGCACAAAAUUGUCCCCGAAGCUUGAAGCAGGCUCCGUUGCGUAUUUCAGAUCUUGGCCGAUGGAAGCCAGGCAGUUUCAGCAAACAAUUGAGGAGCUUCGACUACACGGGUACGAGAGCAGCGUACAAGAUUGGGAUUAUACCCGCGAAGAGGUUUUGAGUGAGGCAGAGAAGGUGAAGGAGGCGAACCGCGAGACAUAUAUCACUGGUGUCUCCGCCCAGGCUGUGGCUAAGUCCUGGCUUAAUGGCUAUUCAGUACUCGCUCUGUGCGGACAAGAACCACCUAUUAGCAAUAUCAACGAUGGUGCCGGCAUACUGAGUGGCAUCCGGGCUACUAGCAGCUUGGUUAGAAGUGUGCUGACUUCAAUGGUUGCAAUGGAAACGGGUGUGUGCGAUGCUUCUAUCACGUCUCUGGCUAAUCUCUUCAGCUUCAAUCAACUUUUCAACUGGCCACAGCUGGCUCCCAAGCACAAGCAACGAUCAGGGGACUUGUUUGAUAGUUGGCUGGAAACAAUUCGACCGUUGAUUGUGGCUAGUCUUGGACAGCAUGUUUACGCUUGGUCUUCUAAACGAAGUGGGUAUCCCUCAUUUGGCACAAAUUCUAAACAGCACCUACGACGCCAUCAUAAUUCCCAUCUUCAUCCUGGUAAUUUCGCGAGAAAUCUAAGCAUAUCGAGUCUAGACCAGGUCUUCUGGUACCCGUGGGUUGCCACAUGGGUCUACAUGGACACUGCAAUUCGUCUGCUUAUGAGCCAUGAUAUUUCAUAUACAUCACGCCAGGCUUUGUAUAUCGAACUCCACAUCCAAGUAGAGGCAACUUUGAAAAACGCAGGAUACUUCGAGAGUCUACAGGUUGCAAAAGCUGAGUUUGCUUACACAAAGAAGAUAAAUACCUCGGAGCUAAUGAUUUGCAAGAGCGUAGCGUCAGAGACUUGGUCAGCCGCAACAGAAGAGCAUGCACUCCCUUCAUUCAGUAUCCCAGUAGACAGAAGAGCUGUGCUAGAUCACCACCUCUCUUACAGUGCCCUCUCCGAUCAGGCUAUAUCUCAACCGAUGUUUGAAUCAACAGAAGAUGACUCAAAGAAAAGACCUCGAGACAUGUUCGAAGAAAACGAACGGUUUGGCGACCCAAGGGCAAACUUAACGUCAAAUAACUGGGGUCCCUCGGGCAAGACGCUGAAAAGAUGGAUGGAAGGGUGACUUGAG